AUGGAUAAUCCAAAUGCUUUUGUGGAUAGUGGUAGUAUUCAUGAUGAAGGCAUAGAAGUUGACAACUUUAAUGUUGAAAAUGAAGAUGCAUGGUGGGAGCCUAAAACAGAUAUGUGUUUUUCUAGCAUAGAUGAUGUUAAAUCAUUUUAUAGAGAAUAUGCUUUGAGAAAGGGUUUUGAUUGGAAGAUUAGAACAUCGAGAAAAGGAAAGGAUGGGGAGGUAUGCUACUUAAUUCUUGCAUGCACAAGAGAUCGGGCUGAAGUGACGAAAAGUGUAUGUACAUUGAAGACACGUCCGACAAUGGGAAAAAGUUGUCCUGCUAAGAUUUGUAUCAAGUUGAAAGCAGAUGGAUUGUGGUACAUUAACAAAUUUGAGCCUAAUCAUUCUCAUCAUACUAGCCCUACAAAGGCAAGGCUGUUCAAGGCUAACAAGAAUAUGGACUUGCAUGUAAAGAGGACAAUUCAAAUCAAUGAUGAUGCAGGUGUGAGGAUCAACAAGACUUUUCAAUCUCUUGUUAAAGAUGCAGGCGGGCAUGAAAAUGUACCAUUUAAUGAAAGAGAUGUGAGGAAUUAUGUUAACAAGGAACGACGUGCAAUUGGAAAAGAAGGUGAUGGCAAGGCCUUGAUAAACUAUUUUUGUCAAAUGAGGGAACAAAAUCCAAAUUUCUUCUAUGAAAUAGAUUUGGAUGACGAUUUUCAUGUAAGGAAUGUCUUUUGGGCUGAUGCAAGAAGUAGGGCUGCUUAUGAGUAUUUUGGAGAUGUUGUAACUUUCGACACAACAUAUUUGACUAACAAAUAUGAUAUGCCUUUUGCUGUUUUUGUUGGUGUGAAUCACCAUGGUCAAUCAACAUUACUUGGAUGUGGGUUGCUAUCAGGAGAAGACACAGAGUCGUUUGUAUGGCUUUUUAAUUCAUGGCUUCGUUGUAUGCUAGGAAAGCCCCCUGUUGCUAUUGUGAGUGACCAAUGUAAGGCAAUGCAAAAUGCAAUCGAGGAAGUGUUCCCUACAACUCGCCAUAGGUGGUGUUUAUGGCAUAUAAUGAAAAAAAUUGCCGAAAAACUCAGUGGGUAUGGUGAUUAUAAAAGGAUUAAGUUUGCAAUGAAAGAAGUUGUUUAUGAUACGUUCACAAUAGAUGAUUUUGAAGAGAAAUGGUGUUCCUUCAUCGAAAAAUUUGAGCUUCAACAAAAUCAUUGGUUGAGUGGAUUGUAUAAAGAACGUCAUAGAUGGGUACCAACCUUGUUAAGAAAAUAUUUUUGGGCCGGUAUGUCAACAACUCAACGAAGUGAGAGUAUACACGCUUUCUUUGAUGGUUAUAUCAAUUCAACGACAAGUCUAAAUCAAUUUAUGAAACAAUAUGAUAAUGCUCUCCGAAGUCGAGCAGAAAAAGAAUUUGAAGCAGAUUUUAAUUCGAUGAAUACCACAAUUUCUUGCGGGUCAAACUCGUCAAUUGAAAAGCAAUUCCAAGGUGAGUAUACUCAUGCUAAAUUUAAGGAGGUUCAAGCUGAAUUUAGAUCUAAAAUGAAUUGUGCUUAUUCAUUGAACACCGUGGAGGGUUGUUUUGCCACAUAUCAUGUGUUGGAGGAUGUGUUAGUUGGGGAUAGAACAAAAGAACAUGUAUUUAAAGUUGUGUUUAAUCGAGAAAACCAUGAUCUCAAUUGUGAAUGCUCAUUGUUUGAAUUUAGAGGUAUUUUGUGUCGACAUGUGUUAUGUGUGUGUGCUCAAGAGAGGGUUAAAAAUGUACCAGAGAAGUAUGUUGUAGCUAGAUGGAAUAAAAAUAUUAAAAGGAAGCAUACAUAUAUCAAGAGCAGUUAUUGUGUGACACAAUUGAAGCCACAAAUGGACAGGUUUGACAAGUUAUGCAAGCAUUUCUACGAGGUUGCUGAAGUAGCGGCAGAGUUUGAAGACACAUCUAAGGACCUCCAUGAAAUUUUACAUCAUUUUACUUCUGAUUUACCCACCAGGAAUGCUACAACUGAAAAUGUUAAAUGA